AUGCCUUCCUCUGUCACGUCUUCGUCCCCCAAGUCCAGCAUCAAGUCCUGGUUCGCUCGCCAUUGCACGCCUGCCCCUGCCUGGCGCGGUCAGCAGACCUGCUGGUGCAAAGAUUGCUUCAACAAGCAGAUGGGGCUGCCUCCCAAGGCCCAAACCUCGGACUGGCCCUACAACCACCCUACCCGAAACAACAAUGGCUUUAGCUCUGAGACUGCCUCUCUGAACACCGAGACGGAAGCCGAAUGUGCUUCCGAGAAGCGCCUUCUUUAG